AUGUUUAUUCACCGCCAUUCCUCAUCGUCGGAGGAGGUACCACCAUCGUCUCUGACUUCUUCACUAAUUAUAAUAGUCAUCAUCAUCGCCUCCUCUAUCAUCGUGACUACCUUUCUCUACCUCCUCUUCCGUUUCAUCACUCGCCACUACAACAACCGCUCAUUCACCGCCGUAGCUGACGUUGUCUCCUCAAAAAACAACUGCGACGAUUUAAAUCGCGAUCGGUGUUUAUACGAGCAGCGAAACUCCUCCAAUGAUUUGAUCAACAGUCUUCCUCUCUUCACUUUUGGUUCCAUCAUCGAAAACAUCGUUAGCGGCAACUACGCUGUAUGUUUAUCAAAGUUCGAGAGGAACGAUCAGCUAUUGUUACUUCCUUUGUGUUGUCAUGCUUUCCAUACUGAUUCCAUUGACGCGUGGCUUUCGUCCAAUCAAACGUGUCCGUUGUGA